AUGUUCGGCCAGGAACGGAAGGCGAACUCUGAGGAAGAGAAAACACGCCAUGUUGGAGUUGUAUGGAGGAACCUUACAGUGAAGGGCGUUGACCUUGGUGCUGCUCUCCAGCCUACCAACGGGGACAUCUUCCUAGGGUUACCGCGGCUUAUCAAACGGCUAUUAACUCGUGGGAGAAAUGGUACUGGAUCCGGAAAGCCGUCUAUUAGAACCAUCUUGGAUGGCUUUACCGGAUGCGUACGUCCUGGGGAGAUGCUUCUUGUCCUGGGUCGUCCUGGCUCUGGUUGUUCCACCUUUCUGAAAGCGCUUGGUAACCAAAGAGCUGGAUACGAAAGUAUUGAAGGUGAUGUGCGGUAUGGCGGCACCGAGUCCGAAAAGAUGGCAAAGAAUUAUCGGUCUGAAGUUUUGUACAACCCCGAGGAUGAUCUCCACUAUGCAACCCUAACUGUUCGAGAUACUUUGCUUUUUGCCUUAAAGUCUCGAACUCCGGAAAAGGAUUCCCGUAUUCCAGGCGAGAGUCGCAAAGACUACCAGCAGACAUUCCUCACGGCGAUUGCCAAGUUGUUCUGGAUUGAACAUGCUCUAGGAACGAAAGUUGGUAAUGAGCUAAUUCGUGGAGUCUCUGGAGGCGAGAAGAAGCGAACUUCGAUUGCGGAAGCUAUGGUCACGAAGGCUAGCACUCAGUGUUGGGAUAACUCAACGAGAGGCUUGGAUGCUAGCACAGCCUUGGAGUACGUCCAGAGCCUGCGAAGCUUGACAAAUACCGCCAAUGUAUCCACCGUGGUAGCUUUGUAUCAGGCCUCAGAAAAUCUGUUCAAUCUCUUUGACAAGGUGAUACUAAUUGAAGAUGGGAAAUGCGCCUUCUUUGGUCCCAGCCAAGACGCCAAAGUCUAUUUUGAAAGAUUGGGCUUUGAAUGUCCCCCACGUUGGACAACCCCUGACUUCUUGACUUCUGUCAGUGACCCUCAUGCAAGACGGGUAAAGGCUGGCUGGGAAGGCCGAAUUCCUCGCACAGCAGAUCAAUUCCAAGCGGCAUACCGUCAAAGCAACACCUUCAAAAGCACUCUUGUAGAUAUUGAAAGGUUUGAGGAGGAGAUGAAAAACAAGGAACAUGAGCGAGAGGCCGCAAGGAAGAAUAUGAAGCAGAAGAACUACACGGUUCCAUUCCACAAGCAGGUGUGGAUUCUUACACACCGUCAAUUUCUGGUGAUGUUUGGUGACAGGCAGUCACUGAUUGGCAAGUGGAGUGUGAUUACUUUUCAAGCACUCAUUGUUGGGAGUCUGUUCUAUAACUUGCCUCAAACAAGUGCUGGCGUUUUCACAAGAGGCGGAGUCAUGUUCUUCAUCUUGUUAUUCAAUGCAUUGCUCGCCUUGGCAGAGUUGACGGCGACAUUUGAGAGCCGACCGAUCUUGAUGAAACAUAAAAGCUUCUCAUUCUAUCGCCCCGCAGCAUAUGCCCUAGCUCAAGUUGUGGUCGAUGUGCCUCUGGUUCUCAUCCAAGUUGUGCUCUUUGACGUAGUUGUAUAUUUCAUGGCAAAUCUUGCCCGGACAGCAUCGCAGUUUUUCAUCAACCUACUUUUCAUUUUCGCGCUGACCAUGACCAUGUACUCGUUCUUCCGCGCCCUCGGAGCUCUAUGUGCCUCACUAGACGUCGCAACACGUCUGACUGGUGUUGCUAUACAAGCACUGGUUGUGUACACAGGCUACCUGAUACCUCCAUGGAAAAUGCACCCUUGGCUGAAAUGGCUCAUUUGGAUCAACCCAGUCCAAUAUGCAUUCGAAGCAUUGAUGGCCAACGAGUUCUACAAUCUCAAGAUUAAAUGUGAAAGUCCCUACGUUGUCCCGGAUGGGCCUGGGACAUCGCCGUCCCAUCAAAGCUGUGCAAUCCAAGGGAGUAGCCCCAACUCAUUGAUUGUUGAUGGAUCCAAAUACAUCGAAACGGCAUACACCUACAGCAGAGCCCAUCUCUGGAGAAACCUUGGCAUCAUCAUUGGGUGGCUGAUCUUCUUCAUCGCUUUAACCAUGUUAGGAAUGGAGUUACAAAGACCUAACAAAGGUGGAAGCUCGGUCACAGUGUUCAAGCGGGACGAGGCGCCCAAGGCAGUUCAAGAUGCUAUCGAGCAUUCGGGUCAGCCAGCUGAUGAAGAAUCGGCAGAAAAGAAGGAUAUCUCUUUUGAUACAAAUGGCGAUGAAUCAAAGGACUCCGGGAAUAAGGUGCACGGUAUUUCAAAAAACACGUCCAUUUUCACUUGGCAAGACGUCAACUAUACCAUACCCUACAAAAGUGGCGAGAGACAGUUGUUGAAGGAUGUACAGGGCUAUGUCAAGCCCGGUCGGCUCACUGCACUGAUGGGUGCAUCUGGUGCUGGAAAAACUACACUGCUCAAUGCACUGGCUCAGCGCAUCAAUUUUGGUGUGGUAAGCGGCAAUUUCUUAGUUGAUGGAAAGCCUCUUCCAAGAAGCUUCCAAAGGGCAACUGGAUUCGCGGAGCAGAUGGACAUACACGAGCCUACAGCCACUGUGCGAGAAUCUCUUCGAUUCUCUGCCCUUUUACGCCAACCGAAGGAAGUCCCAUUGCAAGAAAAGUACGACUACUGCGAAAAGGUGAUCGAUCUGUUAGAAAUGCGAUCUAUUGCCGGUGCAACUGUGGGAUCUGCGGGCUCAGGUCUCAACCAGGAACAGCGAAAACGUCUCACUAUUGCAGUGGAACUUGCAAGUAAGCCUGAAUUGCUAUUGUUCCUGGAUGAGCCAACGUCUGGUCUUGAUUCACUUGCUGCGUUCAACAUUGUACGAUUCCUUCGGCGACUAGCCGAUGCUGGCCAAGCUGUCCUCUGUACAAUCCAUCAACCUUCCGCUGUUUUGUUCGAACAAUUCGACGAGCUUCUACUGCUGAAGAGCGGCGGAAGUGUUGUCUAUAAUGGUCCACUUGGAAAUGACUCCAAGAUGCUCAUUGAGUAUUUCGAACGGAAUGGCGGCAAGAAGUGCUCGCCGUACGCAAAUCCGGCAGAGUAUAUGUUGGAAGUCAUUGGAGCUGGAAAUCCAGAUUAUAAAGGGCAAGACUGGGGCGAGGUGUGGGCCAACUCACCCGAAUCCAAGCGACUUUCUGAGGAGAUCGAGGGAAUCAUCUCUUCUCGCCGAGAUGCCCAGAGCGACGAAGCAACCAAAGAUAACCGCGAAUAUGCAAUGCCCCUUUACGUUCAAAUAUUGGCAGUCACUAAACGCGCCUUCGUAGCCUAUUGGAGGAUGCCGGACUAUAUUCUUGGCAAAUUCAUGCUCCACAUCUUCACGGGUCUCUUCAACACUUUUACCUUCUGGCAUCUGGGAAAUAAGCUACCAUAUGCCAUUGUUGCCGGAUCAGUAUACUUCAACUGCUGGUACUGGGGCAUCUGGUUCCCGCGCGACUCGUUCACCUCUGGCUACGUUUGGAUGCUCCUCAUGCUAUUCGAGUUAUUCUACGUCGGAUUUGGACAAUUUAUUGCGGCUUUGUCACCAAAUGAGCUCUUUGCAAGCUUGCUUGUACCUUGUUUCUUCACAUUCAUUGCUGCCUUCUGUGGUGUUGUCGUUCCAUACGCCGCCUUGCCACACUUCUGGCAGUCCUGGAUGUAUUGGCUCACCCCAUUCCACUAUCUACUGGAAGGGCUCGUUGGUGUCGUUACACAUAAUGUGCCCGUCCGCUGUGUUGCGCGAGAAGAAUCCCAGUUCAGUCCUCCAUCUGGCAUGACCUGCAUGGAAUAUGCAGGUUCGUAUGCUCAGAAGGCUGGUGGAUCCGUGCGAGACGCUGGGAAUGGCAUGUGCUCAUUUUGUCAAUAUUCAACUGGAGAUCAGUUUGCGAAAAGCCUUAACAUAUUCUAUUCGCACAAAUGGAGGGCCUAUGGCAUCUUUUGGGGGUAUGUCAUCUUCAAUUUUGCCGCGGUUUUUGCCUUCUCCUGGCUGUAUUUGCAUGGAGUUCGGGAGAUGAAAAGAUGGCUUAGCGAGCGCAAGACGAGAAAGAGUGAAGUCAACAGUUCGUGA